GGUCUUCUUCUCAAUAAUAACUCGUCACAACUCUCAAAAAAAUAAAAUAAAAAAGGACUCAAUCCGAAUUGCGCCUUUUCCGUUGUCCUUUUUGCUCUGUCAAAAUCUGGGAAGAUUUGAUCUCAUAAAUUCACUGAUGGGUUCCAAAAUCGUCUUUCGAUCUCUCACCGAGUUAUUCCCCCAGAUUGAUGCGAGGAUUUUAAAAGCUGUUGCUAUUGAGCACCCUAAAGAUGCUGAUCUUGCUGCUGCUGUUGUUAUCUCUGAGAUUGUUCCCAAGUUUUUCCCUGAUGAUAGUUCCACACUACCUGAGAACAACAAGACACCAGUAGUGAAGGUCCCAGACAACAAAGUAGGACGUGAUAUGCCAAAUGGUGCGUUGACUGGUUCAGAGACUGGUGCUUCCUCUUCUUCAGGAACUGUAUCUUCGUCAGAAACAAGGACCCAGUUGUUGAAAGUGAUGCCCAAUGGUGAUGUUGAUAUUCAGAGCAAAGCGCUGAUCGGGAUUGAGUCUGGAGUGAUUUCCUCAGCUCCCCCUAGCUUCUCUUUGUCGGGAACGAAGUUGACUAGUGAUUGUUGGGAAGGUAUUGAUUUUCACUUGACAGGUAAUCAAGCAGAGUCAAGCACAAGCGCAGUUCCAAAACAUGUUGGGGAUAAGCUGAUUUGUCCUUUAGCAGACACUUCCAAAUCUACUCUGAAACAUCCCAAGUGUUCAGAUGAUUUGGGAGAGGCUGCAAGUGGUUCAUUGAGUGAUGCAGAGUUGAGUGGCUCAGUUCUUGUGGAAGAGACUUCCUUGGAAGUUGAAAAUGGUGAUUCAGAGCUGGCUGGUGCUUUUCGCUCUAGUGUUAGCAGAUCAACUCAGGGAUGCAAAAUCGAUCACCUCGAACAGAUCAUUGAGGAUGCCAAAAGUAACAAGAAAACUUUGUUCAUUGUGAUGGAAUCGAUUAUGAAUCUGAUGAGAGAAGUUGAGCUUCAAGAGAAGGAUGCAGAGAAGGUGAAGGAAGACGCUACUAGAGGAGGCUUUGAUACCCUUAAAAAGGUUGAGGACCUGAAGAAGAUCCUGGCACAUGCCAAGGAGGGGAACGACAUGGAUGCUGGAGAAGUUUAUGGGGAGAGGUCAGUUUUAGCCACUGAAGUUAACGAGCUUGAGAAUCGCUUGCUCAGCUUAUCAGAAGAACGAGACAAGUCUCUUUCUGUUCUUGAUGAGAUGCGUGGAGUUCUCGAAAUGAGACUAGCGGCAGCCCUGGAGAUUAAAAAUGCCGCUGAGAAAGAGAUCCAAGAGAAAGAAGGUUCUGCACGAAAGGCACUUGCUGAGCAAGAAGCAAUCAUGGAUAAAGUUGUCCAAGAAUCAAAGCUCCUACAGAAGGAGGCUGAGGAAAACUCCAAGCUGCGAGAGUUCCUUAUGGAUCGUGGUCGGAUUGUUGAUUCUUUACAAGGAGAAAUCUAUGUGAUCUGUAAAGACAUCCGGCUCUUGAAAGAGAAAUUCGACAAUGGUGUGCCGUUGAGCCAAUCAAUCACCUCAAGCCAGACAAGCUGUAAACUUGCUUCUUCUGUAUCAUCCAUGAAGAGCUUGUUGCUGGAGAAGCCUCUUGACCUAUCUUAUGAAGCACCUGAAGCCUCAGGCAACAACAUGAGCGCAGAAGCUUCAGUUAACAAGGGAAAAGAGGACGAACGUAAGGAGCUCCUGGAAGAUGGCUGGGACAUCUUUGACAAAGAGAUAGAACUCUAAAUGGGGCUUUGGGAUCUACCUACAUAGAAGAAGAUUCAGUCUCUUUAUAGAAAUAAACUGGCGUUAAGAAUAAAAGAGACGUGAAAGGGGUUUUGGGUUUACGUUUAUUAUAUCCACUUUGCAGAGCAAACUAUAACGUGAAAAGGGGAACAAGAACAGCUUAAUUUUUCUUGUGCAUAAUUCUCUUAUA